AAUCACUAACUGUGCUUCUCGCAUUUGAUCUCCUCCAUUAUGAUUAUGUUUAUGACGCGAUCUGUCUACUUUCAAAUUAAAUAUCGCGCGAGAAACCGCGAGAGAAAUUAAUCCAAUCAAAUUCACUCUAAAAACAGCUUAUCGAUUUUUGGCCUAUCAAAUGUAAUGUACUUACGGAGUUAUGGUAAACCCAAACAUGAUGAAAUGUCAAACAACGUGUUUACGGUGUUAUUGUAAAAUUUUUCCUUGAAAGACAAUACAAUUAGAAUGAGAGAUACACUAAAAGAAAACACUAAUAAAUUUGUAACUGUUGAAGUGGCAGAGAGACCACAAGUGAAGCCAGAGCAGUGGGUGGAGGCCAGGAACUCAAGUGGAAAAUGGCAUAAACUGAGAUCUAUUCUCUUGGAAUGGAAGAAGUCUCGGAUUAUCGAGAAGUGUGUGUACGUUUUGGCGGUGAUCACCAUUAUAUUUUUGACACAUGCCACAGUGUAUGCCCAGUGGUUGUUGCCGUACUAUUACGCUGUUAGUACCCCCCUACUUAUCCUCAUCAGGGUUAUCAUGUACUGCAAGAACAAGUGGCAAUAUUUUCUACUGGACUUCUGUUACUAUGCCAACAUCCUGUGGUACAUUUUUAUCUGGAUUCCUGGUAGUGGGGAGAUGUUUGCGGUUGUCUUUGCCCUGUCUAACGGACCUCUGAUUUGGGCCAUGGUUGUGUACAGAAAUUCUCUAGUCUUCCACAGUACAGACAAAGUUACCUCAGCGUACAUACACAUUCUGCCUGCUCUGCUUUCAUUUGGGAUCCGGUGGUACAGAGAGGAAGUCUCCCAGUACUGGUUCCAGGAGUUUGUUGUACCAGAGAUGUCAGAGGAAUCCCCUAUCUGGUUACUGCUGGUGCCAUUUGCUUGCUUCUUCAUUCACAGUGGAAUUUAUUUUCUGGUCAUCCAUAUCGUGGCUAAACCUAGUGAGGAGUAUGUCACAAGUUUUAAUUAUCUUGGAAAAAAGCAGGAAAGCUGCCUGUACAAAACAUUCAAUAUUUGUGGGGACAGGUGCCGUCCCUUCAUGUUUUACUUCUUUAACUGGUUGUUCUGUAUUGUCAGUCUAGCGGGCGUCUUUAUCUGGUAUAACUUUUACGUGGCCCACUGUAUAUUCCUUGGUGUUAUGUCUGCUGUGCUGAUCAUGAACGGAGGGAAUUAUUACAUUGAUGUGUUCAGUAAAAGAGGAUUCGUUGAGGGGGAAUGUGAAUGACGUUUAUACAAUAUUACUUACCUCUACCGUCAUCUUAUUUAUAUCAUUACCAUACUUAUUAGGAUUUGUGACUGUAAGUGUUAGUGAAGUUUUUAGUAAUAUACUUACAAAACAAAUGUCCAUUUUUCAUACUAUUAUUUAUUUAUUAUAGCAUCAUCAUUUUCACCAUAAAUAGUGGGAUAAUAUUUAGUUACCUUUGAAAAAUCAAUAUCAUGUUAAGAAGGUUAGUCCUUGUAAAUCUCCUUGAGAUCACACUGGCUAUUAGAGGUGUAUUUUUUGAUAUAUAUUGUUACUUGUUAAACAUUUUGCUGUUUCCUGCAUUUAUAGAUGGUUGUUUUGUAAUAUAUGUAAAGAUACAGUUUUAAUCCAGAAUUGAGUGAUGAUUUUGAAAUUCAUGCUUUGUUUGAUUCUUCACUUCUUUUUGUUUCUUUAUAGCACAGUAAAACAUGCUCAUAAUGAACCUUCUUAUAACAAAUUUAUGCUUACAGCAAAGUGAUAGCCAAAAAACACACAUGAAAAAUAUCCUGAAAUUAAUGGAUUUAACGAAUUAUGUUUAUAAUGAAGCACUUGGCUAUAAGCGUUUUUUUUUUUUUUUUAAACUUCUUUGUCAGGAUCAAAACAGAAAUAUUUAGACUAGCUGUGUUUUGGGAUAGAAAUCCAAAGAUUUUGGAAUAAUUACAUUAUUACCUUUUUGUACAAAUAUGUCAUUUUAGCUGACUGUAGACUAGUAAUUAAUCUUUAAUACAUGUACCUCAAAGUUUCUUUCUAAGUCAAUAAUACAGUGCAAUACACAUUCAUCCUUUUUAACAAAAACUGACCUUUUAGAUUUACAUUUUUACUGAGUUUUAAUUACUUUUACAGUUUUCACCAAGUUCUGAUAGUAUUAAAUUCUGAUGUAGUGUACAGUAUAAUGACUGUAUUUAGCUUUUAUCUCAGCAAGGGCUGUGAAUGGUUUGCAUUCCAAAGAGUAAUAUGUUCUAGUUAUUGAGUCAUGCUUGCCAUGUAUUAUACGUGAUUUGCCAGUUUUAUUCUAUGUGAAUAUUUUUAAACUGUUAAUUACAGCUUAUGUUAACUAAUAUGUGUACAUGUAUUAAAUUUUGUACAAUAUAUAUCACUUGUGGUUUUGAGUGCCAUAAAAGGAUUUAUUCUUUGGUGCACAGGAUGAAAAUGCUAAAAAUUUUGGGGAUUUAUUUUGUGUUUUGGUUGAUUGUCUAUCUCAAGACAUUCACAUCAUUUUAGAUUUCAAAAAUUUGAAUGAAAUGAUUAGAAAAAGUGUUAUAUUUUGAUAUGAAAAAAAAAAUCAAUAAGGACAUAAUAUUUUGUCAACAUUGAUUUAAUUUAAUGUACAAAUAAAUGCAUUAAAUGUUAAAA